GAAACGCGGUGUCACGUGACGUCUCGCCGCGGUGAAUUCUGGGAGCUCAGUCAAAGUUGUUGGCGGUUAUUUGAUGUCGUGCGGCUCGUUCACACGGAAGUUCACAGCUUGCCCUCUGUCUUUAAACCCCUCGGACGCUCUCAGAUAGGACUGAGGGUUUCAGGUGUGUUGUGUUGAAAACUGCCGCCACCACUUCAGAAAAAUCCCAAAUGGACGAACUUUCCGCUGUUUACGUCAGAUAUCCGAGCGAACAUCGAGGAGGAGGAGGGCGGCCUGGGCGGCUGCUGUCGCCCGUGGGAGCCUCACAUUUGUCCACAUCCCCGCUUCUAUAACUGUGAGCUGGCGGCUUUUAACCAGGUAGAGACCCCGCAGCCUCCUGCUCCGCCGGCUGACACCCUGCGCUCCUGCGCUGCGGUCGGUUAAGCAGGUUGAAGUUUAAGCUAAAACUGUGUGGUGUGCAGCUGCUGUCCCUUCGUUAUACGCUUUGUUAAAAAGUCUUCUGUGUGAUCCCGGGCAACUGGGUUCCUAUGAAGGAACUGAACCAAGCCUGCCAACCAGGUAAACCAGCUUUUGAAAUGCUGGAUUCAGAUCCAGACCGGGUCCCACCGCUGCCUGUGGGUCACCGUGAAGGAAACUGCGGACGCACCAAGCGUCUCCUGUCUGAGCAGUCAGAGAGAUGCAGGAAGACGGCAGAGAUGAGACGAUCACGCAUGUCCAUACGUCCUUCAGAGGCAGCAGGAGGAGGAGGUGGAGCGAGGACGGCUGUCCCUCCACGGAGACACGUGAAGUCUCUGCUGCAGUCGGCUCUGCAGCACCGACGGGCGGCCGUCAGAGAGACGGACUGCAGCUUCACUUUUCUGUUUGGAUGGAGAAAACAACAAAUUGGGAGAAACUAAACAAGCAGCAACACAGCAGGGUGAACCGAGGAAUUACAGGCAAUAAGGAAACACAUCUGGUUGUGUACACUUAAGACGUGCAGGAGCUGCCUGAGGGGGGUGCAGGCGUUUCAUGUUUAGGCAGGCAGUACUGCGGUAAAGAAAAAAUACUUGAAAACUGAUCUCACAGGUACACAGGAACCUGCUGUACAAGAGGACCAAUAACAAUCUGAUGUUGUUAGAGUUUGCCUAUAGAAAUUAUGAUUUUAACAUCCAAGUCUCAAAAAAGCUACGGUGAAAGAAGAGAACAUGAUGACCGGUGUGGUCGAUGUGAACAAAGGAAAAUAAGGAAAAAAAUCCAAACUUUCCCGUUUUAAUCAACCCUUGUGGCCAUUUGAGCAGUUAAUUUCAGAGUUUAGAUCAGAUCAGAUUGAACCCUGAUUGGAUCCAAAGCAGCCAAUCCUGCAGGUGCGUUCAGGUGUUACAGUCUACCUGAGGUUAAAUAGCUUGUUUAAUUGUAGUGAGUUAAUCAUUCUGAGUGGUGUGACAGGGACGGCGACCUGAUGCUCUGCAGGCUGUUUUGGAAGCGUUUCAUUGUGGAUGGAGGACUGAAAUGUGCUUUCAAUUUCCAGGAGUCACUGAGGCGACUGCAGAUGUGCUGUGGCUGAAUGCUUUACAGACUUCAAGCUGAUCGGGGCCUGUUGGCCUGUAGUCUAAUGUCCUGCAGUGGACAUUAGACUGUGUGGUUGAAUCACACUAACGUUACCUGCAGACUCCAUUUAAAAACAUCCUGUCCUCGACUGAACAUGUGUACGUUAUGUAUUUGAAGAUGAAGGGAGAUGGACUGCUGGUCCACAUGAACCCACACAGCAUCAGGUUUUCAGCCUGAGAAAGCAGUUCGUUAAAGCUGGACUCAAACCAACAGUCUGUUUGAUUAAAGUGUUAAUCGAUCAAAACAGUCAAACAUUUGCUGCUUUUCUCUUUUAUGCAUCAUUGCGAUCAAAUUGUUUUGGACUGACUAGAUCCUGUUUUUAACACGCCGAGUUCCCUCUGAACACAGAGUUGGUACCAUUAAGUACCUGACGUUUUACAGAAGUGUACUUCAGAGUACUUUAUGUAGAAUUAAAUUCCAGCAGCUGCUUGUUUUCGCGGUAGUGGCUGCAGGACCUGACUUGAAUCACAUCUUGAUUACAGGAUCUUUCCGUGUUCUUGAGCAGAAUAUUCCGGUUGUGCUGCGGGUUUUUCUCCUCGUUUCUCCGCAGGGUCACUGAACGUCUCCGCGCUUGUCCUGUCAGACUCAACCCCGGCCUCAAAUUCUCACUGUUAACUUUAAUUUUUGCGCAAUUGCUUUCUUCCGUUUUCCAUGUCAUUUCCUGUGGUAAAAAAAUGGUGGUCAAAGCUCGGGGAGGCGACUGAGUCGCUGCAAAAUUUCACGGAAAACUUUGCGUCGGCGGGCGGGCGGCCGCGGAGCCUGCGGCCGGCGGUCGGUGCUCAGCGACCGGCGGGCCGCGGAGUCCAGCUUCACCCGGGACAGACGGUCCGUGUCCCCGCUGCGUCUCUGCUCCAGGUGGGUCCGUGUCAGUAGCCACUGUGGCCAGCGAAAAUGGCUUCCGAAAAGAGCAGGCAGAUUGCCAGCAGUCUGCAGCUCGGAGGGGAGCAGAGAAAGCGUGGCGCAGAUUAAAAGUGAGCCGCUCGUCUCGCGGAUUGUCGGACCAACCGACACUGAAAGUUAAAACAACUUUUGUCGUCGGUGUUGGUGAAGUAUUGAGAGAUUCUCCGAGAGUCUGCAGCCUCCGGGCGACACUUCAGAGCCCGCAGACAUGACAGACUUUCAGAUUAACGGACAGGAGGGUUAGCGCAGAACAGCACUGACGUCCGCAGAGGAAGACUUAGCAGAGGUUAAGAAGUGGACGAUGUGCUGAAUUUCCACCAUCAUGAUGCCAACAUGAGCGAGCAGUCGCUGGACCGCUGGUUCUGUGAAGAGUGUCAGGACUAUUUCCAGAAGGAGUGUCCAUCCCACGGGCCCCCACUGUUCGUCCCUGACACACCUGUGGCCCCGGGGUCUGCCAACAGGGCGGCGCUCACUGUCCCGUCAGGCCUGCAGGUCUUCACCGAGGGGGGCAAAGUGGACGUUCGCUGUGUUGAUCCAAACAUCCCCAAGGGGGCGGUGUUUGGACCAUACGAAGGGGAGCUGGUGUCCAAGGACAGAUCCUCCAGCCCCUUUUCCUGGAUAAUUGUUGAUUUUAACAAUACAUAUCAAUCCAUCGAUGGCAGUGAUGAGACCAAAGCCAACUGGAUGAGGUUUGUCUGGACCUCGUCGGAGGAGAGCGUCAGGAACUUGACGGCGUUUCAGCACCAUAAAAACAUCUACUUCAGAGUGUCUCGGACGCUGGCUGUAGGAGAGAAGCUGAGGGUCUGGUACAGCGACGACUACAUCCAGCGACUUCACUGCGUCUCUCAGGAGAGCAUCGACCGCAACCUGGACACAGAUAUUGGGAAGGCUGCCAUCCUGCCCAACAUUCAGAAGGACCUUAAAUCUUCAUGUCUGCAGUCAGCCCUGCAGGGAAGAUCCAAUCCCAGUAAACAGCCCAGCGAAGAGCCAGAUGGCCAGCCACCUGCCAAGAGAAAGAAGAUUGACCUCAUCUUCAAAGAUGUCCUGGAGGCUUCUCUAGAAGACUCUACCAAGUGCAGGUCCGAAUCUUCUCUCCCCAGUGAGUGUAAAAUAACUGCGUUCGGGUCAGGGUCUAAUUCUUCUGAAAGGAGCUUUAACGUUCCUGACCUGAAGGUGGAAGAGAAAGAGGAGGAGAACCAGAGCAGUGAGGAACCCUCCACCUCAUUCUGCCCCAACUGUGUCAAACUGAAGAAGAGGAUUCUGGAGCUGGAGGAGGAGCUGUCCCGUCUCAGAGGAGAACAGGGGGACACGAUCGGUCCAUCAGUGUCUGAACAGACCCUGCCUCAACACGAUCAGGCCCCACCCCACCCUGAGCAAGGCCCAAUUGAUGAUUUGCAAGGUAUGGAGCCUUUGACUCCCACUCAGGUGGUUCUGGAUGAAGACGACCAGGACGUGGACUCAGCUGAUGAGUCGAUUGCUGCAGAUCUUGUGAUUUCUCCUGAAGACCCAUCGAAGCUUUCCUCUGGAGGAGGUAGACGGAUUCGCCGUUUCAAGCAGGAGUGGCUGAAAAAGUUCUGGUUUCUUCGCUAUUCGCCAACCCUCAAUGAGAUGUGGUGCCACGUCUGCCGCCAGUACACCGUCCAGUCGUCUCGAACCUCUGCCUUUAUCAUUGGUUCCAAACAGUUUAAGAUUCACACCAUCAAGCUCCAUAGUCAGAGCAAUCUCCAUAAGAAGUGUCUGCAGCUGUAUAAGCUGCGCAUGCAUCCAGAAAAGACAGAGGAGAUGUGCAAGAACAUGAUGCUCCUUUUCAACGCAGCGUACCACUUGGCCCUUGAGGGACGGCCCUUCUCUGACCUCCGUCCACUGGCAGAGCUUCUGAAAAGGUGUGACCUCAAAGUGGUGGACCAGUACAUGAAUGAAGGAGACUGUCAGAUCCUCAUCGCCCACAUCGCCAGGGCUAUAAAAGAAGACCUGGCUGAGAAGAUGCGCCUGUCUCCCUUUCUAAGUGUCAUAAUGGAUGCCCAAAAUGAUGACCUUUUCUCAGACAUGGUGGCAGUCUAUGUCCAGUUCAUUACCAAUGAGGGCUCUCCAAACACAGAGUUUCUGUCCUUGCAGAGACUCAGCACAGCCAGUGUGGACGGAUAUCUCCAGGCUAUGGACCGAGCCUUUGGUGUCCUAGGCCUCAGGUUUCAGGACUUGCUGGUGGUUGGGUUUGGAGUAGACGGGACCAACAUUUCUUCAGGAAUGAGAUCCAGUCUGUACAUAACUAUACAAAAAACUUUUCCUUGGAUACUCUGUUUUCCUAUCAUGAUCCAUCGACCCCAUUUGGAGGUGCUGGAUGCCAUCAGUGGGAAGGAGCUCUCUUGCCUGGAGGAUCUGGAAAACAACCUCAAGCAACUCCUCAGUUUCUAUCGCUACUACCCUCGCAUGAUGGCCGAACUGCGAUCCACUGCUCCAACACUGUCAGAGGAGACAGAGUUCCUAGGAGAUAUUCGAGCCAUUCGAUGGAUCAUAGGAGAGCCAAACGUCCUUAAUGCGCUCAUCAAAGAUUACCUGGAAGUAGUUGCCCAUCUUAAGGAGAUCAGCAGCCAGACGCAGAGGGCUGACGCUGCAGCCAUCGCCCUUACCCUCCUCCAAUUCCUCAUGGACUAUCAGUCAGUAAAGCUCAUCUACUUCCUUCUGGACAUCAUAGCUGUUCUCUCGCGAUUGGCCUUUACUUUUCAGGGAGAAUACCUGCUGGUUUCACAAGUGGAAGCCAAGAUAGAAGAGGCCAUUCUGGAGAUUGGCCAGUUGGUGGACUGCCCUGGUGAGUAUCUGCAGGAGUUUGAGGAAAAUUUCCGUGAAAGUUUCAAUGGUAUUGCUCUGAAGAACCUACGUGUUGCAGAAUCCAAGUUUCAGUCCAUCCGAGAAAAGAUCUGCAACAGGAGCCAGGGCAUUCUGUCUCAGAGGCUGGACCUGCAGAGCUGUUCAUUUGCCAAAGCCUGCAAGGUCUUGGACCUGUCCACCUGGCCUCGCAACCGGGAGGACCUCCAAACGUACGGGGAGGAAGAAAUCCAGAUGAUAUUCAAUCAUUUGGAGUCCAUUCCCUCUGGGUGUCAAGAAGGCUCCCAGGCUAGGACAGAGGCCAGGGGCAGCCUGGUGGUAGAAUGGAAAGAUCUGAAAGCAGAUUACUACAGUAUGAACGGUUUUAAAGAGGUCAUCAGUCACAUUUGGAGAUACAAGCAACGUUUUCCCCUGCUGAAUCGCAUUGUGCAGGUUGUCAGGGUCCAGCCCAGUUCCACGACCUGCUGUGAUAAGGGCCGAGGCUCUCUCCAGAAGAUGUGCAAGAACAAUCGUUCCCGGCUGACUCUGGAGCAGAUGAAUGACCUGUUGACUGUGGCAGUUAACGGACCACCCAUCUCUAACUUUGAUGGGAAGCGAGCGUUGGACAGCUGGUUUGAGGAGAAGUCUGGCAGCAGUUACUCUCUGUCAGCAGAGGUGCUCAACAGGAUGUCAGCUGCUGAUCAAAAGUCUGUCUUGCACAGCGUUGAUGUCAACACAGAGUUUUACCCUGACAUUUAACAGGGAAGUCCAGUGGUGCAGUGCAACAGUAUAAUAAUACUACAGCUCUACACUGACAAAUUGAGGCAACAUCGCACCUCGACACCAGUGAUUCCCAGCUGGGUACUUUUACUCCAGGAGCCACUUCUGCAGUUACCAAAGGGUACAUGGAAGGAUUGUGAAGCUUGGCUAAUUUGAACCAUAGUGAUGGUGAUUUGGUAAUAUACAGCCACAUAUUUCCAAUACAGAUUUGUGUGAUGCUGAUCUUUAGUUAUUGUCAUGAUAAGUUAUCUACUAUUGCAGUCUAACUGCACAAGAUGUGUCAGUCUCCCACCAAUCUGAACCAGUUGUUGGCUCAGUAGUUGAUUGAGCCUGCAGAAAGUCCAGUUAGGAAAUGACAACACAAAGUUAAAGUAAGGAAAUGUACCCCAAAAGGCACAACAUAAAAUGAAAACUUGGCCCUAACUACAAAAAAGAAAAGAAAAACAAGCCUAAACCUAAACAAUUACUGUAUAUGUUGAUCUGAAAUGCUAUUGAACACUACUGUAAAGCCAUGCCAUUCAUCAACAGGGUACAGUAAAGGGGUUCUUGAUCCUUGUGUGGGUCUGUGGAAGUACAUCACGCAAGAAAAGGUAGAACCAACGAUUUGCACCACUUGGCAAACCUCUUUCUCAAAGACAAACAAUACAAAACAAUGACAGAGACCCAGUGCAACCACAAAGAGACACGUAACACCACCACCAACUACAACUACAAACUACUAACAGCUGUGUCGUUGUUGUUUUAGUUUUGUGUGUGUGUGUGUGUGUUUGGGGGCCACUGUGCUGAAAUCUUCCUGCGCUGACAGACUGACUUCUUUCACUAAUGAGUAAUGUCAAACCGUCAAACCGAGGGCUACUGAGUGGCCCAGCCCUUGUUAGAUAUAAUAAUAAAGCACUUGUUGCCAGGGUAAAAGUCACUUGUUCGUCUGGAACAGUCAGUUAGUGUCAAAUUACAUGUGCUAUUGAGCCGCUCUCUGCUUUAGCUUAUUUGCGAAUGGGAUAUUCAGUGUAGUGCCUGACAGAAAAACUAGAAGUGUGAAGUGUGAGGACAUGUAAAGGCUUUAUAUUUCUAUUGGAAAUGCCGACGGGCCUGCUUUACACUGUAUGAAGUGUAUAAACUGUAUAUACUCUAAAUGCUUUUGAGCCUGUUUCUAAGAAGAGUAUUUUUCUCUUGAAUUUGAUGAUUGUGCCAUAAUGUUUGAAUGCAAGAACUGAAAGAUAAAAGUGCUAUCCUGCUAUGCUGAGUUCUGAGUUCUGCCAUGUUUGUUUAGGUGUUUACUGCUGCAAAUGUUAGAUCUGAGUUAUGUAAUCUUUUCCACUGAUGUUUGGGUGUUUCUAGCAGGAUAACUUCAGUCUUGGCCAAAGCUCAGGCUUAAAGUAAUUCAAAUAAGUUUUAAAAACUGCAUGAUGAUGGUCAGCUGUUGAUUUUUGAAGUUUUUUUUUCGCCACCAAGUGCUUGCUCAUGGGGGUUUUGUUGGGUCUCUCUGUACCAAAAAUUAAAUGAAAGCGUUUGGUCUCUACCUGCUCUAAGUGGAAAGUGUUAUGAGACAACUUUUGUUGGAGCUACAUAAAUUGAACUGAAUUAAAAUAAAUGUUGAAUCAUGGGGAUACAAUGAGCUUAGACAGGAUGAACUCAGCAGGCAGGGAGGCACUCUUGCUGUAGUUUUUAAGUUUCUCUUCUUUUGUGUCCAUUAGUUAAAGAUAUCGUUGGGUAUUUUGAGAAAUCUGUUUCUUCCCUAUUUGCAAGAGUGUUAGAUGAGAAAAUCAAUAUCUGUCUCACAUCUGUGUGCUAAUGUUGUGUUCAUGUCAGGAAAUUUUGAAAGGAUCUCCCACACUAAAGGAAGUGUUGACAAAGCAGUGAAACACGAUUACAGAGGCCACCAUCGCUGGCACUCUUAAAAUCCACCGUUGGUUCAGCUAAUUGAAAAGUGCUUUUGCUUUCUUCCUAUCUGGUUUCACACUAAAUUGCUGACACAGGAAAGAUGGAAGUAACCGUCCUGGAAUAAUUCACAUUAACAGAAAUUUCACCUGUUCUUCCCACUCUGCUGACAUGGCAUGAACGCAGCGUUAGUGAGACCCCAGAGCAGGGAAAUGAUUAGCUUAACUUAAAGACUGGAAACGGGACUCGGUAACCUGGCUCAAAAACACGUCACCCAACAUCAAAUGACAUGUUGGAACUGCUGCUUGGAGAACUUUGGACUGAGCAAAGCGAGCUAUUUCCUUCUGCUUCUGGUCCUUAUGCUAAGCUAGGCUAAUCAGGCUCUUGUCUAAGUUUCCGCAGGAAAGUAAAUGAAUAUUCUUUAUUGUUUGCUGUAUGAUUCUCUCCGAACUCCUUUCGUUUCAUGAAAGAUAAAUCCCGAAUGCCUUUGUUUUAAUUCACACUUUGUGCACAUUUGUAUUGUAUGCAUGCAGUUAUUGUUGUAUAAAACUGGUUGGGUUUUUGUGUGCAGGAUGCCGCCUUAUUGGAUGUGACGUGAGCACAGAGCUCACUAGAGAGAGAGAAAGAGCGUUUCGUUUCAGUCCAAAGGCCACAUUUGACUAAAGAAUGCUGAUGUUUGUGCUACGCCUUGCAGUGUACUGUACGUGUUCUAACCGCUGGUCAGCUUUAUACCGACGUUUGGCUGAUUGUAAUUCCAGAGCUCCUUAGCUGAAUGUGUUGAGUUGGCUUUAAGCUGUUGAUGUUUCACUGCUGGAGAUGGAUAUGAACUUUGCUUACAAAUGAACCAAAACAAAAUUUGUGGUUACUUGAUUUCCCUGUUCACUGUAUUUUCUGUUUUAAAUGCUUUAAAAAUACACCUUGAAGUACAGUU